AUUAUCUUCCAAAUGCUACCUCCACAUGUAACUUGAAACCAAAAAAAAACAGAACAUGUCGUUCCACUGCUCCAUCUCUAACUCACAUCACUACUCUCUCAGCGGCAUAACAUCAAACACCUUCACCACAGUCCCAAUUUCCACUUCCAAACUCAAAUGCACCACCAAUAACAGAUUCAAAAUUCUUGCAAAAUCAAAUUCAGAUUCAUCACAAUCCACUUCAUCUUCUACCUCUCUUCUCUCUUUUCUCUGUCCCCUGCUCAAGCUUUUCUCUGGAGGAGAUCCUUCUGGACAACGUAAUUUUGCUUUGGAGUUAGCAACAUCUUCCUUAGCCAGCACUUCAAGGUUUGCAUGGGGAAGAAAAUCCGCAGUUGAGAGUGUGCAGAACAAUGAGAUAACUUCAAAUCCUCCUAUUAGCUUGCAGCUUUUUGAAUUUGAGGCAUGUCCCUUUUGUAGAAGGGUACGGGAAGCCAUGACUGAACUAGACCUUUCAGUAGAGGUGUAUCCUUGUCCUAAAGGUUCUGUAAGACACAGGGAGGUGGUCAGAAAAACUGGCGGCAAAGAGAUGUUUCCUUUCCUCGUUGAUCAAAAUAGUGGCGUUUCUAUGUAUGAAAGCAGCGAUAUUGUAAAAUACUUGUUCGAGCAAUAUGGAGAAGGUAGAAGUCCAUCAUUGGGACUUUUAGAGAGCACUAUUUUCACCGGAUGGAUGCCGACUAUUCUACGAGCGGGUAGAGGAAUGACACUGUGGGAACGUUCUACGGUUGAACCUCCCCCUAGAAAGUUGGAGCUCUUCUCAUACGAAAAUAACCCGAAUGCUCGAAUUGUUCGCGAGGCAUUAUGCGAAUUGGAACUUCCUUACAUUCUUCAAAACGUAGGAGAAGGAUCUCGCCGGACGAAGUUACUCUUGGAUGCUUCUGGAUCUAUAGAGGUUCCUUACUUUGUUGAUCACAACACUGGAUUUCAAUCUGGGGAUUACAAGAUCAUCUUACCCUAUCUGUUCAAAACGUAUUCGACAGCUAAUGUAUAGUUUCCAUUUUCUGGAAAUGAAAAACUUUUUGCGCUUUCGCAAUGAUUUUCUCGAUAUGUGUGAUGAACAAAUCCCCUCGAUACAGGCGAUAGAAAAUUGUAAAGAACUAGUUAUACAAAUUGUAAAGAAGGAAAGUUUUGGUUAUUUAUGAGAGUCAUGCAGAACUCUGUUCAACUUAUGAUUAACAUAACAUAGAUCACAAGUUUGGUGUGACAAGUGCCAUAGAUAUUGCAAUAUGUUUGGAUUCAAA